AUGAUUACAGGAUCGCCACUUCAUCUAGCAGUAGGCUACUAUCCUCUGACGUCAUCUACCGCAGCCAAUGAUUCCAGUUUAUCUAAAAAUCCACCUGGACAACUUGCUAACGCACACCUCUCCACUGGGGUUUAUGGUGAAAAUGGUGGUUCAUAUUUAUUCUCCGGGACUCGAUCACCACCGAGUUAUAUCCGCUUACCUUCAUCCCAUGCACUAGAUACCAGGUGAUUUCAUUAUCUGAGGGUCCACUGCCACCUCAAUUUUAUUUCAUAGAUAUUUUUCACAUUCAUAACUUUUCUAGCGAGAGGAAAUGAGCGUCAGAGACCUCCACCGACCCCAGCCUAACAUCGACCCAUUAAACCUACAAUAAAAAGAGGAGGAGGAGGAGGAGGAGGCGAAAAACAACGGAAAUGCGGUGGUGGUGGUGGUGGAGGGGGGUGUAAACAACUAAUUUGUGGAGGAGUAGCACGGGUAGUGGGGCAAGCAAAAAGUUGUGUUAUUUUGCUAAAAAGAGCUUCGAGGAAGUUAACGAGUUGUUUAAGUUAAGGUAUCAUCCAGGGUAAAAAAAAUCAUCAUUUUUCGAAAUUUUCAGUUUUUACAUGAUUAAGAGCGACGGUCAGGAAAAAUCGACCAAAAUCUUAAUUUCGAGGCAAGAGUUGAAAAAUCAAUUUCUUUCAUUUUUUGUUCAUAGAUAGCUUUUAGGUAGAUAAGAAACCUAAUGUAGAUUGUUCCUGCCAAAAGCCUUUUAUCUGCCCUAAUUUUCAACCUGAAAAUCGCUAACAUCAACUUUCCUCGCGUUCGCAAACGAAGCCGCAUGGAGAGAUUUGGACACUUUCCAUGAACAGAAAAAUUCUUUUUCUUCCACUAAAAGAUACUUUCAGGGCAAUAGCAAAGCUCAUCGUACUGAAAUAAUUCAAAAAUGAGGGACAGGUUUUCAGGAUAACAAAAACUUCCAUUCGUUACUCAUUUUCGACGCAAUAUUUGAUAUGUGGUAAAGCUCCAAAUUCUCUUCAUGCUAUUUAAAUCACACAUUUAGACAUUCAUUAAAACAUACCUCGGAAUUGGCUUGGGUUAUUAAAGGAAAUCUUUGUAAGACACCAUCGAAGUUCAGGAAUUUUCAUGGUAGGCCGGCGGCAAUUGUGUAAACACUUCCAAUUUCGAAACGCACAAAAGUAGAUAUUUUAAUACAGCCCAAAGGCUCGAUUUUCGUACUUCUUGCAGGUUUUCCAUUGCAAAGUUGCUUUUUUCAAUCAUAGAGUGGGGUGAAAAGUUGAAACUGGGUCAAUUUUUAGCCAUUUUGAAACACUAAGCUCUACCAGCCGGGUACUCUGCGUGACAGUUUGUUCCGUGACUGCACGUGACAUAACGUACGUUUGAAGAGACGGAGCUGUCAAAAUGACAGAAUCUUGUCACAGAAUCUUGGUAGUAACGCAUUAACGCAAUUCUUGAAAGAGUAGCAUUUUCGAUGCCGACAGUAUUUUGAAGAAGAAAAAAUCAAACGCCCUGUUACUCUGGUACUCAUUUUUUAUCCAAAAGUAAGUACUUUAACAAUGUUAAUUCGCUAAAGAUUUACGAUCGGGGAAACUUGGAGCCGUUAAAUAAGUUAUUUUGGUCACGCUUUACCAUAUUUACCGGACUUCGAUGCCUUCGUUUGGAGGCUGUCUUCUGGAACCCAAGCCAAUUCUCUGGUAUGCUUUAGAUGAAUGUCUAAAUGUGUGAAUAAACGAGGACUGGGAAAAUUGGGAGCUAUACCACAUGAAGAAUAAUGCCGCAGAAAACAGCCACUAAAUUAAACUUUUUGUCACCGUAAAAACCUGUUCUUCUUUUUUGAAUUAUGUCAGUUCAACGAGUCUUGAUAUUGCUUUGGAAGUAAAAAAAUAGUAAAAAAAUAAGAGUUGUCCUAUUGAUGGAAAGUAUCCAAAUUUCUCCUUGCGGCUUUAUAUGCGAACGCGAGGAGAGUUGAUGUUAGCAAAUUUCGGGUUAAAAAUACGGCCAUUUUGAGACUCCGACCACGAAAACUGACAUUCUUACUUUUCUCGAAAAUAAAAGGCUUUUUGAGAGAACAACUUACGUCAUAUUACUUAUCUACCUAAAAGCUAUUUAUGGACAAAAAAAGAAGGAAAUCGAUUUUUCAACUCUUGCCACUUGAUGGUCGAUAUUUCCUGAUCGUCGCUCUUAAGUAGAGCUCAUCAAGAACUUUCUUUUAAAAAAUGUUUUUCCGGUGCAGACUUAUGGAGCGCAAAAGUUUUUUCUACGCUAAUUAUUUCAAUUGAUCGUUGACAAGUCCUGUCGUACUUGAUACGCAUGCCGCUGUUGAACCAAGCUAAUCACGCAAUUUGACAGAAAUCGUGGUCUACAAGUAUGGAUUUUAGAAGUGAAUGCCUCCAAAGAAGAAAAAAGAGCUUGUCCGUUUUCGUCCUUGACUCCAAGACGAAAGAAGACGACAAAAUCGUUUUGCAAAGUGUGGGCUUCGAAAUUAGCAGAGAGGGACAAGGGCUCCUACUACAAUCACGAAAAAUGGCUAAAAGAUGACAAAGCUUCUGAAAAACCCAUUGAAACUACCGCGAAAUCGAGUUUCACGAGUUUCUUAGCGAGCGGAGCGAGCUUUUUAGGCUGCGAAACGGCCAAUCGAGCGAUAAAUUCGCGACAGGUCCCGCGCCACGUAUAGUAAAAAUCGGACGAAGGACUUUUUUGAAAGUCUAUCGUAGCGGGAGAGCAGCUUCAAGAAAAACUCCAGGAAGCGGUUUGUUGUCGAUUUUUCCAGGGAAGUGUCGAACUUUUAGAAAAUGUAUCGAGUGAAAGUUGGUUUGGCUCAUAAUGAAAAUUGCCCGUCGCAAAUAACUAAAGUGCUUUCUCGACAACAGAAGGAUGGAACAGAGCAGAGCCUUUGAAAUAAAUUGUUCAUCUGUUGUCGCGUUUCGUUUGUAACCUUUUCCUGCUGUGUCACUAUCGUUGUUCCUUUUCUGGUAUGCAUCAACAUUGACAGCUUUGGUGAUAUAAUCUGUUAUAAUCUCGUCACGGGUAAUACGCCGCCAAAAAUCUUUUUCCCCUGUUUUCUCGAAAUGAAAAUCAGAGCAAGUUGAGGGUACGUUUUAAACUCCAAGUCGGCAACCCGUGAACCAAUUUGGCUAAAAUUUGGCCAACUUACUGUCAGAUAGUUUUUCUAAAAAACACAGUCUGCGAAUUUUGAUUUCUUUUUUCGUUUUCGAGUAAGAGUAUUUUUUCACAGGUAGUGCUAAUGAUUUGCUAUCCCUAACUUCAACUGCUUAUAACAAAAGAACAAACCCACUUGACAAAAAUCUGAGACACGGUUUUCUAGUCAAACGUGUUAAGAAGCGAAUGCCAUCUUAACUGGCUUCUCCCGUUUAUUUUGGGCUGGCCUGGACUUAAAUUUGUAGUGACACCCACCUCCACAAAAAGCUUCUCAUUUCUGAAUCGCGUUAAUAUUUUGAUUUUUAAAAGGAAUAAGCAAUAAUCUGGAACUAUUAAGCUUUCAGAAAAUGUAUGGUUUACGGGGGUAUUUAUUAAAAGCAAAAGCGCUAGCGCCGAUCAACGCGGGGAGGGUGCUUGAGGGUGUAUGAUACCUUAAUGAGAUUCCUUGCAAAAAAAGGAUAAUUACAUGCGUCCUAUACUGCUAUACAGUCUUGACACUCAUAUUCAGCAUUAAAGGAAACCGGUUUUAAAACCAGUUUGUCAGCGGCCGGAAGAGGUCUCCUUUCUCUCAUUUUUCGCUCCUGUGAGAGACCUCUGCUACUAGAGAUCUUACAUACAAAUUAUACAACCAUAUGCGCAUGAAUUUAAAAUGUAGUGUAUGUCUAUCUUCUGGUUCAUCUAUCUGGUUGCAUCUUGGGAAACUAAUUGCCGACUAAACCUUCAGUUAUAAACUCCUCCACUGGACACAUGCAUAUUAACUCUGAAGUGUUAAUAAUUAAUAUUUCUGUAGGAAUUCGAUUACUCUUCUCGCCUGGGUGUAUCCGGAGGGGACAGGAGGUGAAAUAAUUUCUUACUGGCAGGACUCCAACUAUGGCGUAAGCAUCUCGAUUGAAAACUCACGUCCAGUCUUUCACCUGUAUUCACGUGACCAAUCCACCAAGUUCUCUUUGCUAAGUAACAUGAAACUGCAGUCCAGUCAGUGGAGCCAUAUUGCAGGCUCAUUUGACAACAGGACAGGAAAUGCAACACUUUAUGUUAAUGGGAUUAAAGUGGGAAGCAAAACUGGCCUUGGAAGUUUAGAGCUUCAAACAGAGUACGAUUUAUGGUUGAGUUAUCUUUUCAAGGGAAAACUUUCACAAAUUUGGAUAUUUAACGUAUCGCUCGAUAAACAGAAAAUCAAAGAAGUCAUGGAUUUUAUGAAAUCAACACCGAGUGAGUAA